GUCUUAACCAAAGCUAGAUUGCAAGAACUUGUUCUUGAAGUUGAUCCUCUCCAGCAAUUAGAUGAAGAUGUAGAAGAGCAUUUAUUGCAAUUAGCUGAUGAUUUCAUCGAAAGCGUUGUUAGCGGAUCUUGCUCUCUCGCUAAGCAUCGCAAAUCCAAUACGUUAGAAGUUAAAGAUGUCAUGCUGCAUUUAGAACAUAAAUGGAAUAUGUGGAUACCAGGCAUGGGAUGUGAUGAAGUACGUCCAUAUAAGAAAUUGAUUUCUACUGAAGCUCAUAAACAGGUAAUGUCCCUGAGCAUCGCGGUAUCACGCUUGUUUCGCAGCCUGAGCUUACUGUCAUUAUUUCUUUCACCAUAG